AUGAAGUUGAAUCGUGCGGUUGCCAAGGUUCUGGACCGCGCCAGCUCAGACAUCUCGAAUCUCCCCACCCACAUAACCAAGGUUGAGGUAGAUAUCAACGACGCAACUUCCCUGAUUGAAGCUCUACAAGAUAUUGAUAUUGUAGUAUCGCUUGUCGGACAUGAAGGCGUACAAAGACAACAUGGGUUCGUGAGAGCUAUCCCCAAGACAAACGUGAAGCUAUUCUCUCAGUCUGAUCUUGCUGGACGGGGCUUAUACGCACAAGGCGCCGCGUACGCAUCCAUCUUUUCUACGACGCCCAUAUCCCAGCUUGAGAACCGGGCCAUCGCCCUCUGCGAGCUAGUGCCAACGGAAAAGGAUAUCACAGUUACACUGGAAUCAAAACAUGGCAUUGGGCCGCAAACAUCAUCUCGUGGUCUCGAGAAGAUCAAAGAUGAGGUUGAACAAUGGCUCGAGUCUGUCAGCGUGUUCACUGUGGCUUGGUACUGUCACAAGAUCUGGGGCGCUGGCCAACAAUCUCAGAUGAUUGGUUCCAACUUUUGGGAGGUUGACGAUUAUCAGAAGGCGACACUUGAAGAUUUGAUACUCGGAGAGAAGCUGGAGGCUUAUCGCGAGAUGCCAGACCAGGUUGUCGAAUACUCCAGGCACUGUUUCCAACAUGGACGUCAAUCAGACUUUCAACCGGCAGCUAUUACUGAGAGUUCAUUGCCAAUUCUAACGGCAUUAUGA